GUACAAACUUCAUUAGUUGUCGAGCGCGAACCGUCGCGUACGCUUCAAAACUUUCGCCUGUCGAUCUUUCUGUCGUAUAGAUAGUUGCAUUUUAUAUUUAUCUGACUAUCUCAUCAUUAUAUAAAAUACUUCUAUUUAAUUUUAUUUAAUUUCCAAUAUAUUAUCUAUUAAAAUAACAAUUAAAAUAUGGAACAGUUGCAAGUGUCAAAAUUAAUCAAUAUUUAAGAUAAAACAGUGUCGAAAAAUUUUAAAAUUUUCGUUCCAUUUUAUAGUCAAUAAAUGGUCUAAUUAUGUAGAGAUAUGUCAUACAGAAGUAUGUCAUGUUUAGUUUAAAGCAGCAAUUCAUGAAUUGUAAAGUGUAUUAAGAAUAGACUGGUAAUAACUAGAUAAUUGAGUGGUGGUGAUAAUACAAUGAUUGGCAAACGUGGGGAAAUGUCACAAUCAGCAUGAAGUGUUUCAAGAAAUUCUUUCAGCAUACUUGGCAUUUACAACAGAUGGAAAGUCCAUCGAAGUUCGAGUUGACGAAGACGGAGGUUCAGAUCGCGGACGAGACGGAAUUAGGUGAGGUAAAAGUGAUGCCGUUAACCAGCAACGUGGCAACUUCGACGCCUGUGCAACCAGGAGGCAUUCCUUGCAAAAACGGUGGAUGCAAGAGUUGGGCAAGCCGAGCAGAAUCACGGAUGGAAAGCCCGUGGCAUUUUCUCAAGACCAUCUUUCUCAUUUCUGUGAUCGUUGCUUUGAUCUUGUGGGUGAUCGUUUACACAUUCCUCGUCCAGUACCAAAUCUUGUGAAGAAUUCGACGAGCCGCGUGCAACUGUUCGAAUGCAUCGAGAAUGCGUCGAGAAACUUGGAUGAUUUAUGCUCUCCCGUUUCGAAGGGAACGUGCUUGUUAUACGAGGCUGGAAAGGACGCAACACGGAUAAAAAAAAAUGAAUUUCGAAAUUUGAGAGAAGAUUGAGAAGAAUUGCAAAAAAAGAAAAAACCGGAAAUUUUGUCCGAAAAUGAUUCGGUGGAUGUCUUUGGUCGAUGUUCGAUGCCGUUUCGUUGAAUUUCCAUCCGUCCUUGAACAAAACGAUAAGUAAUUCUAUGCUCGAAAUCCGUGAAUGUUGUUUGUCGAGUGCGAAAUAUGAAAAAAAAAAAAAUUACGUACAUUGUUUUGUGGACAGAAAGUUUUUUAGAAAUUUUAGCAGAGAGUUUGAAUCUCGGGAGAAUUUGCGUAAUGUUGUCUUCUAUUUGCACGGUUGCCCCAACUCUCAUCGGUCCAACGACUAUGAAAUUCCCAGUGUCGAAAGAUUUGAAACAGGAAAAGGUUGAAGAUAUUUUUCCAAGAUACGUACAAAAGGCCCCUCGCAACGAUAAAAUUAUAACGAGAAUGGUACCUGUAAUGUUCGUUCAUAAAAAUUGGAUACUCCUCAGCCGAGAAAAUUUUUUUCUUACGAAAAAAUCACGAUUUCUAUUGCAUUAAUUAUACCGUGUCUCUAUUUAUAAUACUAUAUACAAAUUGUUUAUAAUAUAUAUUCUAUUUGAUAGAAGGUAUUCGAAUAUUUAGUAUUAAUAAUUUUUUUUUUACCAAGUAUUUGUACAAAAGCGAUUGAAUAAACCGAGUAAAUUUUGAAA